ACUCCUUCCUUCAGCAAAUGCCCUAAGCCUCCACCGAAGAAACAAACCCUAGCAGCCUCCACCAAUCGUUGUCGCCGUCUGUCGGAGUGAGAGACUGCUGCCGCCGUCCGACGCACUCAAGAACUACCGUCUUCGUGGUCUCGGGCCUCUCUCCGGAUCCUCCGCGUCGUGUGCUCGCAUCUCGCCUCUCUCCUCUGUGCUCGGCUGCUCGCGCCUCCCUCCGCCAGUGAGUGCUCGAGCUGUGCACGUUGGUUGCUGCUCGUUGUCCGUGGUUGUCUCUGCUCGAUUCUGCCUCCCAGUGUCACUCGAGUCUCGUCUCGGUCACUGGCAUCUCGUGGUUCGUCUGUCUCGUCGCCGGCGGCAGAAGCAACUCGUGGGGUUGUCUCUUGCUUCGUCGCCUUCUGUGGGGUGGUUGCCGACUCGCCGUCAACCGUUGGUUCAGUGUUGGCUUCAACUUUCAAAUGGGAAUUGGGAGCUGGUGAAGAUAACAUCUUCUGGAACUGAGUCUGAUCUAGAAUUAUGCUAGUACACAGUGAUGUUUGUUCCAUUUGGCUGGACUCAGUGAGACAACUGGGAAAUGUUCUUUUUUGGUCUGAUUAACUACAAUAUUUAACCUUGUUAAUCAUAUCUUGUACAAUUCAGACAAAAGAAGGGCCUAUUUUGGUUGCCAUAAAUUCCUUCAAGAAAGUUCCUCUGUAUGUUAGUUGCGAUGUCUAUCGACCUCAAACUCUCGCGCUUCAAUCGUAUUUAUCGCCCUUCGGAUGCACUGGAAGGCAAAAUCAUCAUCAAAACGCAGUCUUCAAUUUCCCACUAUGGAAUUCGCCUUACUCUCAAAGGAUCCGUCAACAUGCAGGUUCGUGGAGGAUCAGCUGGGGUUGUUGAGUCACUCUAUGGAGUUAUUAAGCCAAUCCCUAUUUUGAAUAGGACCAUCGAGGUUAAACCUUCUGGAAAGAUUGCUUCGGGCACAACAGAGAUACCAUUUUCGGUGACCCUUAGACAGCAAGGUGAAAAUUUGGAAAAGUUUUAUGAGACUUUCCAUGGGGCAAAUAUAAGUAUCCAGUAUUUGGUGACUGUAGAUGUGACUCGCGGAUACUUACAUAAAUCUUUAUCAACAACAAUGGAGUUCAUUGUUGAAAGUGAUAAAGCUGAUCUUCUACAACGGCCAAUUCCUCCAGAAAUGGUCAUCUUCUACAUAACCCAGGACACUCAACGACACUCUCUGCUUCCUGAAUUAAAAUCUGGUGGAUUUCGGGUGAUGGGGAAGAUCUCUUCUCAGUGUUCUUUGGCUGGUCCUAUUAGUGGUGAGUUAACUGUAGAAACAUCUGCAGUUCCGAUUCACUCAAUCGACAUUCAGUUGUUUCGUGUUGAGUCCAUUCUUCUUGGGGAGAAAAUUGCAACUGAAACAUCUUUGAUACAAACGACCCAGAUAGCAGAUGGAGAUGUAUGCCAUAAUUUGACUAUACCUAUCUAUGUAAUACUUCCACGGCUUCUGACGUGUCCAACAACUUUUGCUGGUCCCUUCUCAAUUGAGUUCAAAGUUGCCAUUGUCAUAAGUUUUCAGUCAGAGCUAUCUCAACUGCAUAAGAAGACUGACUCCGGAACUCCAAAACUUUGGCUAGCAAUGGAAACAUUGCCGCUCGAGUUGGUUCGGACAAAGUAAGGUUGUGUAUAAGAAUGCACCAAGCUAUAGCAGGCAGGAAGUGGAUAUAUUGUUUGAUAUAACAUUUGAGUUGGUUUCAAGUGAAUUGGCUUUCCAUUUCAUGUAAUGUAACUUCCCAAGAUUUGGAACAGUGAUACUUGAAAAGUCUCAUGUAGACUUUACAAGUGUUGAUUACAACCAUAUAAACUAAGAUUAAGACUCACCGGAUACGCGGAGAGCUAAAUUAAUUAUAUUAUAUAGUAUAAAUUUAAAAUGCUAUAUAUUUCUUCGGGAUA